GCUUUGAUUAGCCGAUCAAAAAUCAUAUAACCCACAAGAGGAUCUCCCUCUAUAACUGAACAAAGGAAAACGUCAAUAAUGUCGCAACCCGAUUUGGUGCCCGACACUUGGAACUACAAAGGCCGCCCUGCCAAGCGGUCCAAGACAGGCGGCUGGACAAGCGCCGCAAUGAUUCUAGGUUGUGAGGCGUGCGAGAGGUUAACGACGCUGGGGAUUGCAGUCAAUCUAGUGACGUACUUGACGGGAACUAUGCAUCUGGGGAACGCAGCCUCCGCAAACACAGUCACAAACUUCCUGGGCACCUCCUUCAUGCUCUGCCUCUUUGGAGGCUUUGUGGCGGACACAUUCCUCGGCAGGUAUCGAACCAUUGCAAUCUUCGCGGCUGUUCAGGCAAUUGGUAUCACUAUCUUGACCAUAUCAACAAUAAUUCCGGGGCUCCGCCCGCCGAAAUGCAACCCUGCCACCGGCUCGCCUUGUGUUCCAGCAACAGAGACGCAGUUGAUGGUCCUCUACCUAGCCCUCUAUAUCAUCGCCUUAGGCACAGGAGGGCUCAAGUCUAGUGUGUCAGGGUUUGGAUCGGACCAGUUCGACGAGUCCAACAAGUUUGAGCGGGCCCAAAUGACUACCUUCUUCAACUGGUUCUUCUUUUUCAUCAACAGUGGAUCACUCUGUGCUGUCACGGUGCUCGUCUACAUACAGGACCACCUGGGAAGGGGAUGGGGCUAUGGCAUCUGUGCUGGAGCAGUUGCAAUCGGGUUGUUCGUGUUCCUCUUGGGCACGAGGAGGUACCGGUUUAAGAAACUGGCUGGAAGCCCAUUGACGCAGAUAGCAGCUGUGUUCAUCAGCGCAUGGAGGAAGCGGCGAUUAGAGCUGCCCUCGGAUCCAUCGGCUCUAUACAAUGUGGAUGAAAUUGUUGCGGUUGGAGUAGAGACUCCCAAGAAUAAAAAGAAGCAGAUAUUGCCCCAUAGCAAGCAAUUCCGUUUCUUGGACAAGGCAGCCAUCAAGGAACCCGAAAUGCCGAUGAACCAAUGGUACUUGUCAACCCUAACCGACGUGGAAGAAGUGAAAUUGGUGCUGAGGAUGUUGCCCAUUUGGGCCACAACAAUCAUGUUUUGGACCAUACAUGCACAGAUGAUGACGUUCUCGAUCGCUCAGGCGACCACCAUGGACCGCCACAUCGAGCGGUUCCAAAUUCCGCCCGCCUCCCUGACUGUUUUCUUCGUCGGCAGCAUCCUGCUGACGGUCCUUAUCUAUGACCGUGUGGUGGUCCCCGUUACUCGAAGAUUGCUGAAGAAUCCCCAGGGCCUUACCCCACUCCAGAGGAUCGGGGUCGGGCUGGCGUUCUCCGUGAUCACCAUGGCGAUGGCGGCCUUGGUUGAGCUCAAGCGGCUCCAUGUUGCCCGAUUGCACGGACUCAUAGGAAAUUGGCCAGCGGUGGUCCCGAUCACCGUGUUCUGGCUUGCUCCGCAGUUCUUCUUCAUCGGGUCGGGGGAGGCGUUCAUCUACAUUGGGCAACUCGAUUUCUUCCUAAGGGAGUGUCCUAAAGGGAUGAAGGCCAUGAGCACAGGGCUUUUCCUAAGCACACUCUCAUUGGGGUUCUUCCUUAGCUCUCUGUUGGUGACUAUAGUGCACAAGGUGACAGGGCACAAGAAGCCAUGGCUAGCUGACAAUCUCAAUCAAGGGAGAUUAUACAAUUUCUAUGGGCUUCUGGCAAUAUUAAGUGCCCUAAAUUUUGUUAUAUAUUUGGUUUGUGCCAAGUGGUAUGUGUACAAGGACAAGAGGCUAGCUGAGGAGGGGAUUAAAUUAGAAGAAACAGGACCGAUAUGUCAUGCAUAGAAAGAGGUAUACAUAGGAUCAUAGUUUCAACAGCUUCUUAACUACUUUAUCCUGAAUGUUUGUCUCAAUUAUGUAUCAUUUUACAUAAUGAAGUAAUGAUUAAUGGAAUGGUUUUAGUUC